GUGCCUCCCCCUUAAGCCUGUCUCUUUCGGGGCGCCCCUUCCUCCUUCCCCCCAUCUUCCUCCUUCCUCCGCCUCGCCGGAGUUAUGCCCAACAAGACUCUGAAGAUGUCCUUGCCCAGGAAAACCAAGAUCCACUCGGCGGCUGGACCCAUUUGCUCCUCUUCGGGCUACAAGAAGGCGGACGAUGCCAUGUCCGGGGCCACGUCCUCUGCGGACCAGGAGGAGGCAGCAGCCCGCACCAUUUACUUGAACCAGCCCCAGCAGAGCAAGUUCACCGACAACCGGGUCAGCACAGCCAAGUACAGUGUGGUGACAUUUCUACCUCGAUUCUUGUAUGAACAGAUCAGAAAAGCUGCAAAUGCUUUCUUCCUCUUCAUUGCCUUACUGCAGCAAAUUCCAGAUGUCUCUCCAACUGGAAGAUAUACCACCUUGGUGCCAUUGAUAUUCAUUCUCACAGUUGCUGGCAUUAAGGAAAUUAUAGAAGACUAUAAAAGACACAAGGCUGACAGCACAGUGAACAAAAAGAAAACAAUAGUGUUAAGAAAUGGCAUGUGGCAGAACAUUAUGUGGAAAGAGGUGGCAGUGGGAGACAUUGUGAAGGUCACCAAUGGGCAGCACCUCCCAGCAGACAUGAUCAUUUUGUCUACCAGCGAACCUCAGGCAAUGUGCUACAUUGAAACAUCUAAUCUCGAUGGGGAAACUAAUCUUAAAAUACGACAGGGGUUGACUCAGACUGCAAGUCUGCAGUCGAGAGAAGAGUUGAUGAAGAUAACUGGGAAGAUAGAGUGUGAAGGACCAAACCGUCAUCUUUAUGACUUCACUGGGAAUUUGCGUAUAGAUGGCCAAAGUCCAGUCCCAAUUGGACCUGACCAGAUUUUAUUAAGAGGUGCACAGAUAAGGAAUACUCAAUGGGUUUUAGGAGUAGUUGUCUACACAGGACAUGAUACAAAACUUAUGCAGAAUUCAACCAAAGCUCCCUUGAAAAGAUCCAAUGUGGAAAAAGUGACCAAUAUGCAGAUCCUCAUUUUGUUUUGCAUCCUUCUUGUCAUGGCUUUAGUGAGCUCUGUGGGUGCCUUACUGUGGAACAGAACACAUGGAGAUGACAUUUGGUACUUUGGCUCAAAUGAAAUGCUGUCUGUCAAUUUUGGAUACAAUCUGCUCACCUUCAUCAUCUUGUAUAACAACCUCAUUCCCAUCAGUCUGUUGGUGACUCUGGAAGUCGUGAAGUUUACUCAGGCUCUUUUUAUAAACUGGGACAUAGAUAUGUAUUAUAGUGAAACAGAUACACCUGCAAUGGCCAGAACUUCAAAUCUUAAUGAGGAACUUGGCCAGGUAAAAUACCUGUUUUCUGAUAAAACAGGAACCUUAACAUGCAAUAUUAUGAACUUCAAAAAAUGUAGUAUUGCUGGAGUAACCUAUGGUCAUUUUCCAGAACUGGCAAGAGAAUGUUCAUCAGAGGACUUCAGCCAGCUUCCUCCUUCCACCAGUGAAUCUUGUGAAUUUGAUGACCCAAGGCUGCUGCAGAACAUCGAGAGUGAGCAUCCCACAGCAACUCAUAUUCGAGAAUUUCUCACCCUCCUGGCUGUGUGUCACACCGUGGUUCCAGAAAGAGAUGGAGAAAAAAUCAUCUACCAGGCCUCCUCUCCAGAUGAAGGAGCUUUAGUCAAAGGAGCAAAAAGACUUGGCUAUGUCUUCACUGGAAGGACUCCUGAUUCUGUCAUCAUUGAUGCGCUAGGAAAAGAAGAGUCCUACGAGAUCCUUAACGUGUUGGAAUUUUCCAGUAACAGAAAAAGAAUGUCUGUGAUCGUCCGGACUCCAGCAGGAAAACUACGUUUGUACUGCAAAGGCGCUGAUAAUGUCAUUUUUGAAAGACUGUCCAAAGAUUCCCUAUACAUGGAGCCAACACUAUGUCAUCUGGAAUAUUUUGCUACUGAAGGUUUGAGAACUUUGUGCAUUGCAUAUGCAGACCUAUCUGAAAAUGCUUAUCAGGAUUGGUUGAACGUAUAUAAUGAAGCCAGCACAAACCUGAAAGACAGAGCACAAAAACUGGAGGAGUGCUAUGAAAUCAUUGAGAAGGAUUUACUCCUUCUUGGUGCCACAGCUAUUGAGGAUCGCCUUCAAGCAGGUGUCCCAGAAACAAUAUCAACUCUAAUGAAAGCAGAAAUCAAGAUUUGGGUACUAACAGGGGACAAGCAAGAAACCGCUCUCAACAUAGGUUAUUCGUGCAAGCUCGUGUCACAGAGUAUGUCUCUCAUCCUUGUGAAUGAAGAUUCUUUGGAUGCAACAAGAGCUGCCCUGACCCAGCACUGUGCAAACCUGGGAGAUUCAUUGGGCAAAGAAAAUGAUAUUGCAUUGAUUAUUGAUGGCCAGACUCUGAAGUACGCCCUUUCCUUUGAAGUCCGGCAGUCCUUCCUGGACCUAGCACUAUCCUGCAAAGCUGUCAUCUGCUGCAGGGUGUCUCCUUUGCAGAAGUCUGAAAUAGUAGACAUGGUAAAGAAGCAUGUGAAUGCCAUCACGCUGGCCAUCGGCGAUGGUGCCAAUGACGUAGGAAUGAUCCAGACGGCUCAUGUUGGAGUAGGGAUCAGCGGCAACGAAGGCAUGCAGGCGACCAACUCCUCCGAUUACGCGAUAGCACAGUUUUCCUAUCUGGAGAAGCUAUUACUUGUCCAUGGAGCUUGGAGUUACAAUCGAGUGACGAAAUGCAUACUUUAUUGCUUUUAUAAGAAUGUGGUUCUCUAUAUUAUUGAGCUUUGGUUUGCCUUCGUUAAUGGAUUUUCAGGGCAGAUUUUAUUUGAGCGCUGGUGCAUUGGCCUCUACAAUGUGAUUUUCACAGCGUUGCCUCCCUUCACCUUGGGAAUCUUUGAACGAUCAUGCACUCAAGACAACAUGCUUAGGUUUCCCCAACUCUACAAAAUUACGCAAAAUGCUGAUGGGUUCAAUAGCAGGGUAUUCUGGGGCCACUGCAUCAAUGCCUUGAUCCACUCCGUCAUCCUCUUUUGGUUUCCACUGAAAGCACUGGAACAUGAUGCAGUAUUUACAAAUGGCCAGAGUGUAGACUAUCUGUUUGUCGGAAACAUAGUUUAUACGUAUGUUGUAGUGACCGUCUGUUUGAAAGCUGGUUUAGAAACUACUGCAUGGACAAAAUUCAGCCACUUAGCUGUUUGGGGAAGCAUGCUGCUUUGGCUGGUCUUCUUUGGCGUCUAUUCUACCAUCUGGCGCAUGAUUCCUAUUGCACCAGACAUGCUUGGACAGGCAGACAUGGUCUUGAGUUGUGGAUACUUCUGGCUCGGUUUAUUGCUGGUGCCCACAGCGUGCCUUGUUAAAGAUGUGGCAUGGAGAGCGGCCAAGCAUACCUACCAUAAAACUUUGCUGGAGCAGGUUCAAGAGUUGGAAGCUAAGUCCAAAGAGCUGAGAAAAUCUAUGCUGCGUGAUAGUAAUGGAAAGAGCAUGAAUGAACGUGACCACUUGUUAAAAAGACUCGGCAGAAAAACCCCACCAAGUCUCUUCCGUGCUCAUUCCGUACAGCAAGGGGUGUCACAUGGAUAUGCAUUUUCUCAAGAAGAACAUGGGGUUGUUUCCCAGUCUCAAGUUGUCCGAUCCUAUGACACUACGAAGCAGAGAACUGGAUCAGAAUAACAUGGUCUUUUUGCCUGAGCGGUGGCUGGAGUAAUAAGAUUGGGAUCAAUGCAUCCACUGUUAAUAUGUCUUCGAGUAAGGUUGGCAACAGCAGCAUAAACACUGGAAAAUCCCUUUACUGUGGCCUUAGCCAACAAGUUUGCUAUGUAUGCUUCUUGCAGACUUUUGAGUGCACACUGGGGCCGGGGUAUCAUCAUUUGAAAUCAGCUGCGGUGUUCUGCCUAACAUUUGUUUACGUUAUUUAUGAAACAUUUGGCCGUGCUACACAAGGUGUAAAAACUGAAAACAUUUUGGCUUUGCCUGCCAUUUGGAAUUAAAAAGUAUAUGGGAGAACGAUCUGUAAACGCAGAAAAGUACAGAGGUUGUGUGUUCCAUGAGAGACCCGCCUUCGCUUUAAUGCAAAUAGGAGUGCUUGCAUUUCCUGUUUUGUCAUGGCCGGAUUCAAGUGCACGGAGUUGCAUAUAUAAAACUUGGCUAGUCCUUGCUGUUUAUUUGAGCAAAAUGUUCAUGGAAAGGUAAAGGGGGGCAGGAAAAUAAACAUAAUCAUGGAGAAUGUAGCAGAGCAAGAAUAAGGCUGCAAGAGUGAACACUGCUAGCUUUUUUCAGAAAGAACAAGUAUUGUAAGGUAUCAAAUAUAUCACAGCAAUGUUGGCUGUUUACACACAUAUACACACAUUACCUUCUGGCACAAUAUCUAUCCAUGACCCUAGUCAGCUGCAUGGCAGGACAAUGGGUGCUCUUUGCAUGGUGUUCUCUUCAACUGUGCAUCUGAAAUGAUGAUUGCAAUGCAGCCCUCUAUUAAUUGCUGGAGUGCAUCAAAAGCAGGCUUCUUUUGUAUGUGAGCAACUAAAUUCUGGUCUAGUAACUAAUCAUAGUCGUCACUAUUCUAGUCACUCUGUGUUUAUGUUCCAUCAUCCACAGAAGUAUUCCCAAAUCCUAUGUGAAUAAUGCAAAGUAGCUCCUUACGAGGAGAUCAUGUGGAUUUAGGCAUUCUGCCCCCCUUUGCUCAUACUGGCCUUUCUUUAAAUGCUUUUUAUAAAAAAAAAUAGCUGGUGCCUUAACAUUCUCUGCUUGUGCAAAUUAUGAGAAGUUUUGAAAGGUUAAAGACAAGUUUGGUUUGGACUAUCGUUGAGGUGCUUGAAUUUCUCUACAAGAUCAGUAAAUAAUGCAAAUACUUCAGUACGCAUCACACUAGAGAAUGAAUCCACUUUAAAUCCAGUUUCUGCCUCUUGCAGAAUUCUAGGUUUUGUAGUUUAGUGAAGCUGUUAAAAGGCUCCUCCCUGAACUACAAACCCCAGAAUUUUGCAGGAGGCAGCAACCAGAUUUAAAGUGGAUUCAUUCUCUAGUGUGAUGAGGUAAAGGUGGAGCAGGAAAAGAACCUGCUCUUAUAGAAGUAAAAAGUACGAAACUAAGCCUCUUCCUUGAGAAAGUUGAGAAGAGGCUGGGGACAUCAAACAAGAAUCAACUUGAUGCUAACUCAAUACGUCUCUUUCUAUUUAUUACACAGGAAAAUGGCUUAGACUUAUUUGUAUAUUUGUUUUUUAAUCAGUUUCGGAAUCCAGGUGUCACCAGUUCAGGAAAAUGGUUCCUAUGAGAUAGAAUGCCAUAAAUGUGUAAAGAUUGUACUAUGAAAUGGGAUUAACAUUCAGGUUUCCAGCUUGCUUCCAACAGGGCUUUAUGACAAGGAGAAGCUUUUCCCUUUGUAUAGUUGUAGUAAUGCAAGGUGGUGGGUCUCCACAUGAUUUAUUCCUGCCUGCUAUGAAGCAAUUAACAAUGUAGAAGGCCUCCCAGGAAAAAAAAGGUUGGCCUACGUAGCUAGUGUUGCAAUCAGCCUUUGUUCACUGCUCCAAGGAGAGCUCGCAACACCAUUCUUGUUCACUUUAGGAAUCCUCAUUUUAGUUUCCAGAUGUGUUUUUGAAAUCAGAAGAAAUAGAGAAUCCUUGCUGUAUGUAUUGUCGAAGGCUUUCAUGGCUAGAACCACUGGGUUGUUGCGUGUUUUCCGGACUGUAUGGCCAUGUUCCAGAAGUAUUCCUGAAGCAAGAGAAUUCUUCUGGAACAUGGCCAUACAGCCCAGAAAACACACCACAGCAAAUCCUUGCUGUGUUUAUUGGCAAACUUUCUACAUGAAAUGGACGUGCCAUAGACUAUACCUCAGUAUCAUGCAUGACUCUCAGGAAAGCAAGAGAUGAGUAGAGCCUGCAGUGUUUUUCUUCAGACCUAGUAUUUUUCUUCAGACAAGUUCUAUUGAUGUUUUUUAGCCAUGCCACAUGUCUAAAAAACUUAAGAUAAAUACUGCUACAAACCUUCAGCCAUUUUGUUCCAGCAUCACAUGUACUGCACAGGAUAUGUUAAAAUGCUGCUAUGCUUUUUCCCUUUCACUGACCACCCUCUGGAAACUGUAUUGGUUUAAAUGCAUCCAAAAAGAUGUUCACAUGUGAAUAUUUAUGCUCAUCAAGUCAAAGGAAAUCAGCCAUCUGAAUCCCCUCCCAGCCUCAUCUUUCUAGAUGGCUUGAAAUGAAUCCCGGCAGUUGUCUGCCACCAUCGCUCUCCUGUCACCUUCCAAGACACAAAGAUUACUGUUACAUCAGCAUUUGAUGGCAAUUUCCUUGGACCAUAACUGGAAGAAGGGAGAAAUACCUCCAUCCACCCUCAAGUCAACUUUGAAAAUGGAAGGAAGACAAUAGUGCAGAAAAGAGAAUUGGGAAUCAAUUUGCCAACAACUCUGGAAGUCAAGGGGCCAAAUGUGUGGUGUAGGUGUGUUUAGAUGAAAGUAUUUUUUUUUAAA